AACAGCGCAGACACACACAGCGGCAGCCAUGGCAGACGAGAAACCCAAGGAGGGAGUGAAGACGGAGAACAAUGAGCACAUCAACCUGAAGGUGGCAGGCCAGGACGGCUCCGUGGUGCAGUUCAAGAUCAAAAGGCACACUCCUCUCAGCAAACUGAUGAAAGCUUACUGCGAACGACAGGGGCUUUCUAUGAGGCAAAUACGAUUUCGAUUUGAUGGUCAGCCCAUCAAUGAAACAGACACGCCCUCGCAGCUAGAAAUGGAGGAUGAAGAUACGAUUGAUGUGUUCCAACAGCAAACCGGUGGCUUCUCUCUUUAAAGACUGUUUCCUACGAACAUCCCUACCUCCCCUUUUCACCCUGAACAUGUUUAUUAAGCCCAGUCUUCAAAUGCUCGUGACCAGUGUUGAUACCAUCAAGUGGAAUACUUUUUCAAAAUGCUGGAAGACAGCAGCACAGUUGGUGUAGAUAGGUUUCAUCACGCUGUCAUUCACAUGAUGACAUUUCUCAACUGCACGGUGUAGACAACUCGUGAGCGGCAGUAUGUCUAAUGUGCAGAAGAAAUUAAAAGCUUCUUGUGGUUUCUUUUUUUUUCUUUUUCUUUGUAGAAGUUUUGAAAAAUAAAUUUCUUGGUCCUUGUUUUUGUUUUUAUACUUAUGUCAUUGAGGUUCUGAUUCAGAUGGAAUUUUGUUAUUGUUGUCAAGUAAGCCUGCAUUUUAAAUUCACUGACAUCUGUUAUGAAAAUGUAGUAUUGGAAUAAAUUGAGUUUUUUUUAA